AUGGCUGUGGCAGAGCGGAAUAUUCAGGUAGAAGGUCAUCAAGGUUUGACAGCUCUAAUAGAUGCUGAGAUAGUGCAGAAGCGGGAGGAGAUGUGUGUUGAGUGGGAUAAUGAGGAUUUCCUGAAAUUGAAGCCAAACCUUAUCAUACUGAGGGUAUCUAGUGAAGCCCAGGCCAAGAAGGAGCUGGCAACAGAAGAAGAGGCAUAUUUGAAGGCUGGUGGUGUCUUGCUACAUGAGACAACACCCUUGGGCUUUCUGUUGAUGGGUCUAGACCUUGAGGAAACCCAACCCCUCAGCAAGCGCCCAAAAUUACCAAUAGCUUAUUCCACAAACACUGUCAAUGAUGACAAUGACCUUGAUGACAAGGAAGAGGACUCUGAUUACGAUGAGGAGGAGUCUGAAGGCAACUUUGAGGAUGUUGAGGAGCAGGUCGACUGA